GCUGCACAGUUAGCUGCACACUUCUGGCAUAACAUAUACACUCAGCAAGAGUUGCACUGACAACAAUGCAAGGCCUCGCGGCAUCUUCCAAGCUGUCGCUGACCGUAGUGGUCGUCGCGGUGUUUCUGCUCGGCUUGGCGGGCGCCGCCCACGGCAGGAGGAAGCUCGUCUCCAGCGCCAACGACGAGCCGUGCAAGAAGAUGACGCUCUACUACCACGACAUCCUCUACGACGGCGGCAACAACACGGCGAACGCCACGUCGGCAGCGGCCACGGAGCCGACGGCGCUGAGCAAUAGCACCUACUUCGGCAUGCUGGUGGUGUUCGACGACCCCAUGACCAAAAGGAAGGCGCUGCCCGUUGGAAAUGAGCUGCCCACGGCGCGCGCGCAGGGGUUCUACUUCUACGACAAGAAAGGGUCCUUGAACUCGUGGUUCGCUUUCUCACUCGUGUUCAACUCCACGGCGUACAAGGGCACCCUCAACCUCAUGGGCGCCGACCUCAUGGGCGAGAGAACGCGGGACAUCUCCGUCGUGGGCGGCACCGGCGACUUCUUCAUGGCGCGCGGCAUCGCCACGCUCCGCACCGACGCCAUGGAGGGCUUGUACUACUUCCGCCUGCAGAUGGACAUCAAACUCUACGAGUGCUAUGUCUGAUGUCGGCAAGAAGGUGGGAUAUAUAUCUGCGAGCGUGUGCCAAUAAGGAGUGAUGUGCUGCUGCUACGGUGUUUGGUGUGGUGUAGAGAGUUGCAUGCAGAGGCCUAUGUGUGUCAUUCCCCAAGUUUGACUUCACUGUAUGUUUAUUCUGUUUUUGAAGGAUCUACAAUAUAUAAAAGUUCAUUGAAAGUACAAAGCAUCUC